GUCAAGGUGUAAUACUGUUGGCCAGAGGUCCAUGAGGAGGAGGAGGAGGACAACGACGAAGUGAUCAGGAGCUGCACGCCCCCCCCCGGCCAAUGAGCGGGCUCCUGGGCCAGGCCUCCCUAAAAUAACCUGCCACCGCAGCGCUGACAAAUGUUGCUACUUCUACUGGUGACGGGUUACCCUAGCUACUCAACUCCAUAUCUUCCUGUAAACUCCAAGGUUAACUGUGCGUGAGGAAAGCGGGGAAGCUGGGCAGCUGCCUGCGUCCAGGAGUCACCCAGGUGGCAGCAACAGGAGGACAGGAAUCUGCUUCUUCCAGCACAGGUGCAACCUGAGGAUUUACCAGACCCGCGCAGGGGCCAACUGUGUUUAUUCUGGAGAAUGCAAGAGAACAGCACUGAGCAGCCGCCCUCGCUGUCUCAGCUCCUCAGGGAGAGCUACCUGGCCCAGCAGCGCCACAGCGAGAUGAGCCGCUCAGAUGCGUCGUCCACGCGUCUCCAGAUCUACGGCUCGCUCAAAGGCAAGGCUGACAGCUCGGCGGGCCACAGUGACCCCCAGCUCCCGGACCUGUCAGCCUUCCUCAGCCAGGAGGAGCUGGAUAAGAGUGUGAACCUGGCUCGCCAGGCCAUUGGACAUGAGGCCCACGAGGAGAGGGCGGAGGUCAGGGCCCCUGUGACGCCGCUGACCCCUUCCAACGUCUCAGCGGCCCCCGUUUCCUCCCCUGCAGCCCCUUCCGUCCCACUCGCUAAGCCUUCUCCUGCUCCGCUGGUGGCCCCCUCCACCGUGUCCUUCAUCCAGCCGGCCGCUGAAUUCAAAGAGCAGCCAGCGGCAAAACAUCCCACAUUCACAUCCGACAGACAGAUGCAUAAAGCCUCCUCGCGGCAGGACAACAUGAUCAGGAACAGCAGAGAUCCCGCGGAGGGAUUUAACGACUUGAGCAGGCCGGCGAGGAACGCCCCGUACGGGCUGGAGACCCAGUCCAAGAAGGAGUUCCUCAACAAGGCGGCGGACUUCAUUGAGGAGCUCUCCUCCCUCUUCAAGGCCAACAGCGCCAAGCGGGUACGGCCGCGAGCGUGCAAAGCUCACAGGAGCAGGGCCCAGAGCAAGAACCAGAGCGACGGGACCGUUUGUCCGCUCACCUCGGACAGCAGGGAGCGCACCGUCGUGGCUUUGGAGGUGGAGAAGGAGGAGGGACUCAGACCUGCAGCUGUGAGCCACCAGCCGGAGGUCAAGCUGGACUCGGGGAUCGGCCACGUAGAGCUGCAGGACUGCAGGGCGUCUGAGGAGCAGCAGUACGACUCUGUGGUCCAGGAGGCCGAGGCUCAGGGUUGUGCCUCGAUAGAAACUCCGUACGCAGCGGAGGCUCCCGCGUGCGAGCCGCCUCACUUCAUCCAGAAACUGAAGAGCAGGGAGGUUCCGGAGGGAAGCAAAGUCCAGUUAGACUGCAUCGUAAGAGGACAACCGGUGCCCGAAGUCCGGUGGUUUUGUGAGGGCAAGGAGCUGGAGAACAGCCCUGACAUCCAGAUCCUCUCCAACGGCGAGCUGCACUCCCUGAUCAUCACCGAGGCCUUCGAGGAGGACACCGGGCGCUACUCCUGCUUCGCCUCCAACUUCUAUGGCACGGACUCCAUAUCGGCUGAGAUCUACGUCGAGGGCGCUUCCUCUUCGGAUUCUGAAGGAGAACAAAACUUUGAACCCACAGCCCAGCUGCAGAAGCCAUCAGCUCCGUCAUCGAGCCUCAGCACAGAAGACCCCCUUCCGUCGCAGCCUGAAUCAGCUGCCGAGGAGCCGGCAGAGGAGCCUCCUUCGCCCCCGUCGGUCCAGCGUCUCCUAGCGCCUCGCGCCUCCAAGAUCCCCACGCUCUCCCCUGCACACGCUGCCCAGGAGACGCAGCCGCCGUCACCCGCUCAGGCAGCGCCAGCACAAGCUCCUCAGCCUGAGAUUCAAACACCCACCCGCGACUGUCUACCAGGGUUAAAGGAGCCGCCUGGCAUGUCUGCCCCCGUAUUCACAAAGAGCCUACAGGAGCUGGUGGCAUCAGAGGGCCAGUUGGUGGUGCUGGAGUGCCGCGUGAAGGGGGAGCCCUCGCCCCGAGUGGACUGGCACAGGGACGGGAGGCUCAUCCAGGACUCCCCUGAGUUCAGGAUCCUGCAGAAAAAGGAAAUCUGCACUCUGGUCAUCGCUGAGGUCUUUGCAGAGGAUUCAGGGAUGUUCACUUGUACGGCAAGCAACACCCACGGAACCGUGUCCAGCUCCGCUGAGCUAAAGGUCAAAGGCGAUGGCAGCAACAACAGCCACGUGCGGCCUUUCAGCGUAACAGUGCUGUCAAAUCAGGUCCAGGAGGCGUCGCCAUCAGGUCCAGCUGUGAACCAUCAGCCAGAGGCCACUGUGAUGAAUAACAAGCCACACUCCAGCGGCAUCCGCCUCGACCCGCUUGCCUCCAGCAGCAUCCGCCUCGACCCCUUAAGCACCAGCAUCCUCCGCGUGGACCCCAGCAGCUCCAGCAUGUCACGUCCAGACCCUUUGUCCACCACAUCACCCAACCCAGAACCCACCCGGCUGAGCUGGACCAGCUCCAGCCUCAACUCCCACAGCGGCAGCAUCCCGAGCUUAGAUCCCCUGUACCUCAACCAGAACACUCGCGGACCGAGCGGCGCAUGCGUGGAACCGCCGAGCAGCAGGCAGGCGCCCGCGUUCUCCAGAGCCUUCGCUGCUCCGUGUGCAGCGGAGACCGCGCGGGACGAGCCCGGACCUCGGGUGACGCCGCCCGACGCGAGCCCCAAAGUUAAGGGGACCUCAGGGCAUCAGAACGGGAGCUUCGUGGUGCCGCUGCCUGACCCGCCUCCUAACUCCUGCCUGAAAACAGGCUCCCAAGCCAACCGCCGAGGCUCCCGCUCCAGGGCCAGAGUCGGCCGCAGGGUGCACUUCAAGCUGCCCGAGGAGGAGGAGGUCGAGCAGAGCGACGGGUCCAGUCCGUCGGACGAAGACGCCGCUCUGGCGUCGGCCAGCAGAGGACCGCCGCCCGUGCUGGCGAAACCCAAACUGGACCCGGCCCAGCUCCAGCUCCUGCACAAUCAGGUCCUCAUGGAGCAGCAGCAGGAGACCGAGCCUCAGACCCCGGCCCACGUCCCGCCCCAGACCCCCGCCCCAUUCCACAUCCAGCCUGCGGUCCCAAGCUUUCAUGAAGCUCCCCUGUGGUCUCCCAGAAUGCCGCGGGAACCGCAUCCACCGCCUCCCCAUCUGUACCAGAACACAGCAUCCGUGCACUCUGCACCUCCGCUGACCUCCGCCCUCUCUGCUCCCGCGAUCAACACCACCUUUCCAGCACCAGCCACCACGUCUCCAGCUCCCUCUUUCAGCUCCCCUCCACCUAUUCCUCAGCUGAAGACAUCAUCACUGACCCCCUCCCCUUUGCCCGCCCCACACCUACACACAGCCCCUCCCCUCAGCGUGGCCCCUGCAGCUCAGAUGACCACCAUCCACGCCUCCCACCUCAACCUGUUGCCUGCAGCUCUUUUCAGGACGCCGCCUCCCUUUUGUUCCCCUCCAGCACCAAAACUGAGUACAGUUUCCACAAAUUCAACUCCAGCCUUACAGCAGAUCACGUCUCCCACUCCUCUGCUGAGGAGCACCCACGCCUCCCUCAUGAAUCUCACCGCCACCUCCCACGGCUUCAGCUACACCCGGCCUAAAGAGUUCAUAGCAGCUCAGACCUUCUCUCCGGUCAUGAGUCCCUCCCCAGUUGAAUCCCCCGUCCCUCUGCUCCAGGAGCUGGCCGCUGAGCUGAACUCGUCUGCGGCCAGCUCCCCCACUCUCCCCCCGUUUCCUCCUCCGCCCAGGACCUUCCCCACCAGGGUCCUCACGUCUCCCACGAGUCCCCCGUCUCUUGUGACGUCGCCCACUCCGGGGUCGGCGCCGUUUCCGGGCAGCGUGUUCGCCCUACGAGCGCAGUCGCCCCCCCAGGCCUCCUCUCCCACCUCCAGCAGCUCCACCCCCAGCCCCAUUCUGAACCCCGUGGCCUUCCUCAGCUCCGUCCUGCCAUCUCUGACUCCAAGUCAACCCACCAACUCCAUGGGUUUGCCAAAGCGUGCUCCUCUGGGGCCACAAAAGAAAACACCCAAAUUGCGUCUCCCGUCAGCUGAAAACAUACGUGACAGCAAAGAACUUGUCCUUCAUGAGAUUGAAACCAAGCUACGAUUUAAGGACGACACUACACAUUUUGCUUAUCAACAGAAGCUGAGAAAUGAGGGGAAAACAGUGAGCAGACCCCUUGGACCAAACAUUCCUGCUACUGUCAUUAACUAUCACGAGGAGUACAAAGUGUCCAAUUUUGAGCAGAGGCUAAUGAGUGAGAUCGAGUUCCGUCUGGAGCGAACGCCCGUGGAGGAGUCGGACGACGAGGUGCAGCAUGACGACGUCCCCACGGGGAAAUGCAUCGCCCCCGUUUUUGACAAGAAGCUACGGAGCUUCCGGGCGACAGAGGGCGGACCCGUCACAUUCUCCUGUAAAAUAGUGGGAAUCCCUAUUCCAAAGGUUUACUGGUUCAAGGACGGCAAACAGAUCUUGAAGAAGAACCUCCGCUACAAGAAGAUCAGAGAAGGGGACGGAACCUGUGCUUUACACAUAGAGUCCACGACCAGCGACGAUGACGGCAACUACACUGUCAUGGCAGCCAAUCCACAGGGACGACUCAGCUGUUCAGGUCACCUGAUUGUUCAGACAGGCCCUUCCCGGAACCGAAUGACGCCCGUUCAGCCCCAGAGGGUGCGAAGCCGCAUACAGGAAGUUGAAGGGGAGCAAACCCACGAGCACGUGUUCCGGCCUCACUUCGUCCAGGCUCCGGGCGACCUGCUGGCUCACGAAGGACGACUGUGCAGGCUGGACUGUAAGGUGAGUGGGCUGCCCAGCCCAGAGCUGAUGUGGCUGGUCAAUGGGAGGCCGAUCUAUCCAGAUCUGACCCACAAGAUGCUGGUGCAGGAGAACAGCAUUCAUUCUCUGGUUAUUGACCCCCUGACGCAGAGCGACGGUGGAACGUACACAUGCAUUGCAAGCAACAAAGCAGGUCAAAGCUCCUUUAGCCUGGAACUGAAAGUUGUGGAGAGAGAGAUGAAGCACCCUCCCCAGUUUGUGGAGAAGCUGCAGAACAUGGGCAUCCCUGAGGGGAGUCCGGUCAGGCUGGAGUGUCGGGUUCUGGCUGUGCCCCCUCCACGGAUCUUCUGGAAGAAGGACAACGACCCUCUUGACAAAUCCAAGGACAGAUUCAGCAUGACCCAGGACCCCACAGGGUACGUGUGCCUCCUCAUCCAGCCCACGACUAAAGACGAUGCCGGCUGGUACACCGUAUCCGCUAGGAAUGAGGCUGGAGUCAUGGCCUGCACCUGCAGGCUCGAUAUCUAUGCACAGUGGCAUCAGAGCAUCCCCGAACAGAUGAAGAGAGCUCCGCGCGCCGGCAGCCGCUACGCGGCGCUGACGGGACAAGGGCUGGACAUCAAGGCGGCGUUCGCCACGUCGGACACCAGCCCCAUCCUGUUCUCCAGCUCCCCCCCCGAGGCCAUGCUGGAGAGCGAAGAGCUGUGAGCCCCGCAGCUAAGCGGGCGUCUGGUGAUCGGUGUGACGCGUUGGAAGCGAAAGAUUCACAAUCAAGUGUAAAUGAAAGCUCUCGGCGCUGACGGCGGGUCAGUCACCAUUCCUAUCGAUUCAAUUCAAGUCAUGAGACGCAGGUUUUACAUUAAUGAGUCUUACUCCAUGAGCCGUCGGUGGAGCUAACGUUGUCCUCUGGGUUUGAAUGAUUGGUGUUUGUCACUCGCUACGUCAUGUUUAACUGUAAGGGUUGUUGCUGAAUGUUGAUGACGAAAUUGGCUCUCAAUAGUUUGUUCUAUCAUCAAAGUGGUAAUAGCGUUGCCUAUAUUCACUGCAGAUCAUACAUGUCCUGGCAGUAUUAGUGUAUUUCUAUAAAAAGAGGUUAUAAGUUAUUGUUUACUGAUAAUCAAAAAGUCUAGAGUAGAAGUCAGCAGACGUGUGAAUGUGCUCUUUAGAUUAGUGAUUUAGGGAUUCAGUUAUUUAUUGAUGUCCAUCACUGGUUCACUUUUUUGACACCAUGCAUUUUAAUGCCAAUGGAGGCUGAACAAACACUGUGUCUGCUCACAGUCCAAAUAUUACACUGCUAGAGGAACUUGACGCAGUAAUGUAACAGUGUUGUCUUUAGGUGAGUUAGGGUUUAAUGGCAUCUGCAGCUCAGGAUGCAUCAUGAGACGGAUGAGUCACUGAAAACCCCUGAGGUCACUGCGUGAUGAUGCCUUGCUUUAGCAGGGACAGCGACAGGUCACGUAGAUGUUAAUUAUUGAGCUGAAAAAAGGUUUGAAAGCAUCAACAGAUGUAAAGUUGCACAUUGUAAAGUAUUUUUUUCCUUCUCAGAAUAAAGUUAUAUUUAUUAAAAUG